AUGAGCAAGAUGUCAGAGGAGGAAGAGAUUUUUCUGUUCAAGAACAUCUCCUCGGUGGGGCCGUGGGAUGGGCCUCAGUACCGCCUCGCCCCUGUCUGGGCCUUCCACCUCCAGGCAGCCUUCACGGGCUUUGUCUUCGCUGUAGGGACGCCACUCAAUGCCACAGUGCUGGUGGCCACACUGCGCUACAGAAAGUUGCGGCAGCCACUCAACUACAUUCUGGUCAAUGUAUCCCCGGGGGGCUUCAUCUACUGCAUCUUCUCUGUCUUUGUCGUCUUCAUCACCAGCUGUCAUGGAUACUUUGUCUUCGGCCACCAUGUUUGUGCUCUGGGGGCCUUCCUGGGCUGUACAGCAGGUAUGGUGACAGGCUGGUCACUGGCCUUCUUGGUCUUUGAGCGCUAGUACAUCAUCAUCUGUAAGCCCUUCGGCAACUUCCGCUUCAGCUCCAAGCACGCACUGAUGGUGGUACUGGCCACCUGGAUCAUUGGUAUUGGUGUCUCCAUCCCACCCUUCUUUGGCUGGAGCCGGUUCGUCCCCGAGGGUCUUCAGUGUUCCUGCACCGUGGGCACCAAAUAUUACAGCGAGUACUACACCUGGUUUCUCUUCAUUUUCUGCUACAUUGUGCCUCUCUCCCUCAUCUGCUUCUCCUACUCUCAGCUGCUGGGGGUCUUCAGAGCUGUUGCAGCUCAGCAGCAGGAGUCAGCUACAACCCAGAAGGCUAGGCGGGAGGUGAGCCACAUGGUGGUGAUGAUGGUGGGAUCCUUCUGUCUCUGUUACAUGCCCUAUGCUGCCCUGGCCACGUAUAUAGCCAACAAACGUAACCACGGGGUGGACUUACGGUUUGUCACCAUUCCUGCCUUCUUCCCCAAGAGUGCUUGGGUCUACAAUCCCAUCAUCUACUGCUUCAUGAAUAAGCAGUUCCAAGCUUGCAUCAUGGAGAUGGUGUGUGGAAGGCCCAUGACAGAUGAGUCUGACAUGUCUAGCUCCCAGAAAAUGGAAGUUUCUACCGUCUCUUCUAGCCAAGUUGGCCCCAACUAA